CCCCUCGAAGGCAAAUAUUCAAUUUCAGAAAAGCUUCGGCCACAGUGCCUACCCGCCUUCUUCAGCUUCACCUCCAAACUAUAAGACCCAACUUCACUCGCAUUUCACCCCACGGAUCUCGCUUCUCUCUCUCUCUCUCUCUCUCUCUCUCUAGAUUUGUUUCCCGCAUUUUCUUCCUCCCUGUUCUUUCUCCCUGAAAUUUGCUUGUUUCUUCGUUAUAUUUGAUCGGUGACGUCGCUUCCAUGGCGAUUUCUAGAGAAUUGGAGGGUGGAAAAUGGGUGCUGAUGACCACUGCACAAACGCCGACCAACAUUGCGGUGAUUAAGUAUUGGGGGAAGAGGGAUGAGGCCUUAAUUUUGCCUGUCAACGAUAGCAUCAGUGUUACCCUUGAUCCGAGUCAUCUCUGCACUAUCACCACCGUCGCUGUUAGUCCCGACUUUGAGAAGGAUCGUAUGUGGCUCAAUCGCAAGGAGAUAUCCCUUUCUGGAGCCAGGUACCAAAAUUGUUUGAGGGAAAUACGCAGUCGAGCUAAUGAUGUUGAGGAUAAAGAAAAGGGGAUUAAGAUAGCAAAAAAGGACUGGGAGAAGUUGCAUGUACAUAUUGAUUCAUACAAUAAUUUCCCAACUGCUGCUGGCUUGGCUUCCUCUGCUGCCGGUUUUGCUUGUCUUGUCUUUGCUCUGGCAAAUUUGAUGAAUGUCAAGGAAGAUCAUAGCCAGUUAUCUGCUAUUGCAAGGCAAGGUUCGGGAAGUGCAUGCCGCAGCUUAUAUGGUGGAUUUGUGAAGUGGAGCAUGGGAAAAGAAAAGGAUGGAAGUGAUAGUCUUGCAAUCCAACUUGCUGACGAGAAGCACUGGGAUGAUCUUGUAAUUAUCAUUGCUGUGGUAAGUUCGCGACAAAAGGAAACAAGUAGUACAUCAGGAAUGCGGGAAACUGUUGAAACGAGUUUGCUUUUACAACAUAGAGCUAAGGAAGUUGUACCGAAGCGUGUGUUAGCCAUGGAAGAAGCUAUUCAGAAUCGUGAUUUUGUAUCCUUUGCUCAACUGACUUGCAACGAUAGCAACCAAUUUCAUGCAGUCUGUCUUGAUACUUCUCCCCCAAUAUUUUAUAUGAAUGAUACAUCCCACAGGAUAAUUAGUCUCGUUGAGAAAUGGAACCGUUCCGAAGGAGAACCUCAGGUGGCUUAUACUUUCGACGCAGGCCCGAAUUCGGUUCUAAUUGCACGUAACAGAAAAACGGCCGUGUCUUUGCUUCAGAGGUUGCUUUUCCAAUUCCCUCCAAAUCCAGAAACGGAAUUAAACAGUUAUGUUCUUGGUGACAAGACAAUCCUUCAAGAUGCUGGGAUUAAUAGUGUUGAGGAUAUCGAAUCCCUGCCACAACCUCCAGAAAUUAGCAGUUCAUUCCAGAAAUACCAGGGAGAUGUCAGCUAUUUCAUAUGUACCAGGCCCGGAAAAGGGCCGGUCGUGCUCCCUGAGAGUGAAGCUCUACUCGACCCCAAAACCGGGCUGCCGAAGAACCUCUAGAGGAUUUUAUUAGUCCUGUGCAAUAUUCUCACUGAAGGUGUGACUCUGAGAGUUCAGGUUAGAUGUGCCAUUUUUUUUGGAAAUAUGCAGUUUGUAAGGUAGACCUCUGUUUGUUCGCUUUAAAUUCAGUCAGUGUUUCCGUUCAGUAACACACAAAAGAACAAUAAUUUCAGUGUUCCCCUUGUUGUUAUUGGCCAUAAGAUCAUAAAUUCAGUGUUCCAAAGUUUGUAUGAACAA